AUGGAUUAUGUAUCAUUAUUAAUUUUACUUUGUCCGUCCAAUAUAUUGGAAGAUCUUGAUCAAAAAGAUUUUCUUCAUCCAAAAUUUUUUAUUCAAUAUUUUUCACGUGAUGAGUGUACAACUAAACUUCAAAAGUAUCAAAAUGUUUUAGAAAUGGAUAUAUUUUUGCCACAUUCCUCAAUUGAUCUUAUUUCUACUUAUCAAAAUCUCUUAUGUCCACGAAUAUCUUUCUAUGUUUAUUGUCAAACAGAACAAAUUUUAACAGAAUAUCAACAAAUGCCAAUAUGGAGUAGAUAUGAUUUAGUUUUCAAUAUGAAUAUGCUUCGCCAGCAACUUGAACGAAUAGCACACAAACAUCUUCUAAUUUGUGUUCAAGAUUUGGAAAAACGUAAGGAAGCAGGAGAUGCAGAUGCUGCUGAUUUAUUAGUUCCAAUUGGAGAGAUAUUUGAAGAAAAUACAAGAAGAAUCAAUGAAGAAAUUCGACAAAAAUCUUGUCUGAGUGAAAUAGCAGCUGAAUUUGAAGAACGAUAA